AUGCAAUUUGUUUAUUGCCUUUGAUUUUUCAUCUUUGGUUGGGUUUCCAUGGUUGAUGUUUUAGCCUAAAACAUACUUUCAUGGGUUUCCUAUUUUUAGUCCUAAAGUUGCUAACUUACAGAGGUUAGGUCUUUUUACCUUUUUAAGGGGAAAACAGGAAAUGGGCAACUGAAGUAGAAGACAUUGCCAAGAACAGGAAAAUGUUAAUUCAGUCAUAGCUAUUUGGAAAGGACGUGAAUUCCUUGCUGCUUGGUUGACCACAAAAAUGAAAAAAAAUAAGAAUGAAAGAAAUCAGUAGAGACUAAGUGUGAACUUCUUCCAUUUGUGACGAACUUUAGUGCCAAUUUUAGUUUUGUCCCUUUUGAUAUCACUUAUUUAGCUGCAUUGUGGAUUAGACUUAGUGUCUUUAUAUAAUUUAUUCUGCUCUCAGUUCAUGUUUUUGCUGCUUUAUUGUCAGGUGUUUUUCUGCUUAAGAAACUGGAUGGUUCAGAAGUUUUCUUUUGUUCCUUUUGUGUGUCUAUGUUCAUUUGGAUUAUUUAGAAGCAUACGGCAGGUUUCAAUUUAGAUGCUCAGCUGCAGAAUCAGUUUAUAGCCUUGAGGAUGGGGUCUUAUUCUAAAAACACAAUACCUCAGACAAACACUGGAUCAUCGGUUUCACAUUUCCCCUGGUUAUAUGCUGAAAAUUACAUGAAAUAUUGUUGCACUACAUCAAAACCUGCUUUGGAUUCACUUCAGGGAAUUCAAGUAAACUCUGAACCUGGUAUUGCCAUUGCUCCAAUUCGUUCCAUUCCUCCCACAAAGGAGUCAGCAGAAAAUAAUGUAUCAGGUAUAAAGACAACAGAGGCAGGGAAACAGAAGUCUUCUCUGAAGCCUGCUAAUCGAGAUGCAGCCAAGGCUCUGAAGCCAAAGCAACCUAAAAAGAAACCUUCCACCAAUAAGAAGGCAAAGGGACCGGUUAUUCCAGAAACCAAACGUGAGAAGAAGAAUCUUAACAUUGAUCUGGAUGUGUCAAACCUUGAUUUCUCUGGGGUGCCUUCCCCAGUUUGUUCUUGUACAGGUGUUCCAAGAGUUUGCUACAAAUGGGGUGCUGGAGGUUGGCAAUCCUCUUGUUGCACCAUCAGUAUAUCAGAAUAUCCUCUCCCCAUGAGUUCCACCAGGCCCGGGGCUCGAGUUGCUGGAAGGAAAAUGAGCAAUGGAGCAUAUCUGAAACUUCUGCUGAGACUUGGAACAGAAGGUCAUGAUCUUUCACAACCUGUUGACUUGAAACACCACUGGGCUAGGCAUGGCACUAACAAGUUUGUUACCAUCAAAUAAGAAUGUCUAUGGCUUGUAGUUAGCUAUAUAUUGAUUUCGGAAAUAUGACUAUUGUGUUUUCUAGUUUAGAUGUAGUCUAUCUCAAUACAAACUAAGGAGGUUCUAACAAGUCAGAUUGUAAACAGGGUGUCUCCUUCUCUAGCAGUAAAACUCUAGAAAAUGC